ACAGCCAGAGUUGGGAUUAUUUGACAGGAUUUUUAUCUUCAUUUGCUGGGUCUUCUGAGCGAGCAAAGUGAAUUUUUUUCCUUUUGUUUUUUUUCUGUUAAUUCACUGCAAAACUGUUGGUGACAGUAAAAAAAAAGUGGUUUUGACUGAUUUCUGCUAGCAGCUCAGAGCUGUUCUUUUAACAUUAAUUCAACUGCUUUGAUGUAGUUCUUCAUUUGAUUUGUAUUUAAGUAGUACAGAUGAUUUAGUCUCCUUUUUCUAGGGUUUCAAUUCACUUAAUAAAGUUGUCCUGGACACAUUUUUCAUUCUAGAAGAAUCCUCUGGAGAUGUUAAUGAUGGUAGGAAGGGAUGGCAGGAUCCUCUGGGAUUUCAGGGAAUUGGAGAAAUAUGAGGAAUGAGGUGAAACUCAGCAUUUAUUUUGCUGCAAUUUGUCUAAUUUAGAGUAGUUUAAAUUGUAAAUCACCAGCUUUAUCCCAUCCCAGGGAAAACUUGGGUGGAAAGGGCCUUUGGAGGUCACCUGCCAGCUGGGAAUGUCCCCAUGGGGCACUAAUUGGCAGAUUAGUGCUGCUGGAGUUCCUCAAGUGUAUUUAUUUCCAGGGAGCAGCUGCGAGCCCUGCUGUGUGCUCAGAGCCACCUUUGGAAGGUUCCCUGGGGAACAUUCCCUGUGGGAAGGGACAUUUUGGCUCCAGAAGAGCCCUGUCAGGGCUGGCAGUGCCUUGGCCCUGACUCAGCAGCACAAGUCCUGCAGUGACUCAGCUCCCAGGGCUCCAGCAGCAGCUGGAGGAAACCUUGGAAGCAAAUGUUCCUGGUCUUGAAUUAAAUUAAAUUUAAAAGAGGCAGGCUUGGAUUCCCCACCCAGAGCAUCCAGGAGCUGUUAGAGUAGGAAUCUGGAGUUACAGUUUCAUUUACAGGGAUUUCAGUGCCCUGCUGAGCCUUCCAAGUCAAACCUUCACCCCGUUUUUCCUGUCUUUAAAAUGGGAAAUACCUUCUCAUCCUCCAGUUUAUGAGUGAGGCAGCUUGGGCUUGUAAUUCUUUGACAGCUGGAGGAAUUUUUUACCCUCAGUGAAGGCAAGAGAGGCCAAAUUUCUUCCAGCUCCUUUGCACAGGAAAUUGGGAAGGUGUUCAGUUCAGUUUCAUCCUUACACUGAUUUUUUAAAAUUUAUUUUUAUUUUUUGCUGGAGCUAUGAAUGAAGUUCACUAAUCCAGGCAGCUCCAAGCUGGGGAACUGUGGGAUUCCCAAAGCAGAAGGGAUGUUUUAUCCAAGCUGGAUCAGAACGUCUUAAAAUUGAAUUAAUCUUGGAAGAUUUGUUGUUUUCUUGGGUGAAAUCUCUGAGUUCAGUGCCCACUGGCACUUCUGUAAAGGCAAAUCUGUGCAGAAUAAAGUGAAAAUCUGUGGCUGGAGUCUCUUCCUGAGGAGCAGAGGAUUCCUCCCCCAUUCCUGAGAGCCCAGUGCUCCCAGACCCUGAUGAAUGGAUUUGGGGAUAUCCCACAGGUGGAACUGGAGAUCAGAGUUACCACAGAAAACUAUCGAAUGAAGAGCUACAAGAACAAAGCCCUGAACCCCGAGGAGAUGCGCAGGAGGAGAGAGGAGGAGGGGAUCCAGCUGCGCAAGCAGAAACGGGAGCAGCAGCUCUUCAAAAGAAGGAAUGUGGAGCUGAUCAAUGAAGAUGACUCCAUGUUUGACAGUCUCCUGGUGGAUUCCUAUGUCACUUCCACAACGGGUGGGGAGGGAUUGAUCACAGGAGAGAUGGUGGAGAUGCUUUUCUCAGAUGACCCCGACCUACAGCUAGCAACCACUCAGAAAUUCAGGAAAUUACUCUCCAAAGAGCCAAAUCCUCCAAUAGACGAGGUGAUAAACACUCAGGGAGUGGUGGAGAGGUUCGUGGAGUUCCUGAAAAGAAGUGAAAAUUGCACAUUACAGUUCGAGGCUGCGUGGGCCCUGACGAACAUCGCCUCGGGCACCUCCCAACAAACCAAAAUAGUCAUCGAGGCUGGGGCAGUUCCCAUCUUUAUAGAGCUCCUAAACUCUGACUUUGAGGAUGUUCAGGAGCAGGCUGUCUGGGCGUUGGGGAACAUUGCUGGGGACAGCUCUGUGUGUAGAGAUUAUGUCCUGAACUGUGCCAUUCUUCCCCCCUUGUUAAUGCUCCUCACCACGUCCACCAGGCUGACCAUGACACGAAACGCUGUCUGGGCCUUGUCAAACCUGUGCAGAGGGAAGAGUCCUCCUCCUGAGUUUGAUAAGGUGUCCCCCUGCCUGCCAGUGUUGUCCCGAUUGUUGUUCAACAGUGACUCUGACCUGCUGGCAGACGCGUGCUGGGCUCUGUCCUACCUGUCCGAUGGUCCCAACGAGAAGAUCCAGGCUGUGGUGGACUCAGGGGUGUGCAGGAGGCUGGUGGAGCUCUUAAUGCACAACGAUUACAAAGUGGCCUCUCCAGCUCUGCGAGCAGUUGGCAACAUCGUGACAGGGGAUGACAUCCAGACCCAGGUGAUUCUAAACUGCUCAGCCCUGCCUUGCCUCCUCCAUUUAUUGAGCAGUCCCAAGGAAUCCAUCAGGAAAGAGGCGUGCUGGACCAUAUCCAACAUCACAGCAGGGAACAGAGCACAAAUCCAGGCAGUGAUUGAUGCCAACAUUUUCCCGGUGCUGAUCGAGAUCCUGCAGAAGGCGGAAUUCCGCACGAGGAAAGAGGCAGCCUGGGCCAUCACCAACGCCACCUCAGGAGGGACCCCUGAGCAGAUCAGGUACCUGGUGAAUUUGGGUUGUAUCAAACCCCUGUGUGACCUGCUGACUGUCAUGGACUCCAAGAUUGUUCUGGUGGCACUGAACGGGCUGGAAAACAUCCUGAGGCUGGGAGAGCAGGAGGCCAACCAGAGUGGGACUGGGAUCAACCCCUACUGCAGCCUGAUUGAGGAGGCCUAUGGUUUGGAUAAGAUAGAAUUCCUCCAGAGCCAUGAGAACCAGGAGAUCUACCAGAAAGCCUUUGAUUUGAUUGAGCACUACUUUGGGGUGGAGGACGACGCAGCCGUGGCUCCCCAGGUGGACGAGAACCAGCAGCAAUACAUCUUCCAGCAACCCGAGGCUCCCAUGGAAGGAUUCCAGCUAUAAUCCUGGGGGAAAAAAAAACCCAAAAACUCAACAAAACCCCCCCCCCCAAAAAAAACAACCCACCACAAACUUUUUGGAAAGUUUGGGAGAGCAGCUGCUGGUCCUGGCUGGGAAGGUUGGACACCCACUGUUUAGGAGAACUCUGCAAACACCGGAGAGGAGAAGGGGAAUUUCUGCUCCUGGUUCCUCAGGGCUGCUGCUCACCUUGGCUUGGCUUUGGAGGCAGGAAGGACACUGAGGUGACUGGUGGCACCUCUUGGUGGCUUCUUUGUGGUGGUGUCUCCCCAGUGCAGUUUUUACCUCGUUGGGUGAGGACACAGAGAGGAGGGAGCUGUUCUGGCCACAGUAAUUCUGCAAAACCUGGCUUGAUCUAUUUAAAUUUUCUUUUUUUUUUUUUCUUUUUUUUUUUUUUUGCACAUGUUACUCUUUAUUAAAGACUCUUUAAUAUGCCAAGAGCAAAAUUUAGCCCUGGCCUUCCUCCUUCAGGUGGACAAUCCUGGUGAAGCCAGGAUCAGUUCCCUGAUGAAAAAUACUGAAAAUGGACAGAAAAAAUGAGAAGUUCUCUCACUGCUGGGAAGUUUUUUUUUCUGUUGCUUCCCUUUGUCUAGAUUUUUUGUUUGGUUUUUUUUUUUUUUUUUGAAGAACUGCUAGUGGUAUUUCCAAGGAUUAAAAACAAAACAAAACAAAAAAAAAAGCAACAAGAGCCCAAAGAUGGGAACUGGGGUGAAUUUUUUUGGAGCAGGAAGCACAGCUGCUGUUGCACAGGUUUGGUUUGCAUUGUACUGACUGAUCUCAGAGCUCUGAAAUGCUGAAACCCACCUUCAUCUUUACUUGAAAUACUUUAUUUGCCAUGAGAAACAUGGGCUGAAUUCUGGGUUUUUCCUGCCUUGGGGUGGUUUGGGGUGGAGGAAGAUUUGGCUCCACCUGCCAGCAGUGAUGGGAGCUCCAGCAGCACCAGGUUUUCAGGUUUCCUCCUGCUCACAGUCAGAUAAAUGCACAUUUUACUUCCAAAAAUGGCAAAUCUCUGUAUUUUUUAUAUUCUAGAUAGGGAGAUAUUUGUCUCAUUGGGCCACAGAGAAAACUCUAUAUGAAAUUUCUGUGAUUGCUGUAAAUAAGCACUGUGAGGCAGGCACACCUGGAAACCUCCGGGCUCGGGGCUGCCCCGCUGCUCCUCCCGCCGUGAUCACGGAGCUCCCCGAGCCCCCGCGGCGCUUUUUGGGCCACUUUGCCACGAUUUCAGUCAAAGCAGAGGAGCAAAGCCCCGGUGCUGGGGUGCGGGGGGAGCCGAGCCCUUGUUGUGGAUCGAAUAAACUGCACCUGUGCAGGUG